GAGUGCCUAGUGCCCCCCCUAAAUUAUUUUCUAGAUCCGCCACUGGGUCACGGAGGAAUGAGAUUUGACCCAACAAUUAACAGGCCCAGCAGAGAAGAAGAAGAAGAAGAGGCACGCGCGCACUGUUUGUCAACACACCGACAGGACGCCCGGCCCGCACACAGGCCUUCCCUAGCAGUCCGGCCAGCCUGGGACACAUCUCAACAACAGAGACAGCCACAAGCAACCUGUACUGCCGGGGCUAUAGAGGCCGUGCCAGCCCCCUGAAGCACUGAGGAAGGUCACCAAGACUCCCAACGUGCCUCGUUAGCACCAGAUUCGGCAAAGCAUGUCCACAAGUGAUGAGUGCCAAGUGCCUGUUCGUGAUGGCCACUCAGCCCUCCCACAGCAAACAGCCCCAGAGGAGAUGUACUGGCUGAGACACAUGAGCCAGGAAGAACUCUCAGAGAAGCUGGUCAACUUACGGGAUGACUUUUACACGCUCAAGAAAUUUUCCUGUCGGCAAGAGGAUAAGAUAAAAAAGUUGCAGACAAAACUUCGGAAGUUGAUAUCAGACAAGAAGAAAGAUGAAAAAGGAGGCAGAUCAUUCAGCAUCAAAGAGAUGGAGUACCAGGAGGCCUUGGAGACACAGCAGCAGACCGUCCGGGACCUGCGGCUCAAGACUCAAAACUUGGAGAAAAAGUUGAAAUUGGCCAACAUUCAGUUGAAUUCAGCCAAGAAGAACAAACCACUUUUGUUCCGCCAUGUUGGGCCAAAAGUUGACAGUGGCCUCAAGCAGACCCGACCACCACCACCACCACCUGGCUCCAGUCGCCCUCCCCCAUCACCCUCUCCUCCCAAGCCCUCACCCUCAACAGAGUUCUCAAGUCCCUCUUCUGUGGCCUCCGCCCAGCAAAGGGAGCAGCUGAUGCCAGAGAGGGUCAGAGAAAUUCUUGAGGAAGCCCGAGAGAGGAUUGUGGCACUGGAAGCUGAGAGAGACGACUUGCAGGACCAGCUGACGGAGAGGCAGCAGGCAGCUGAGAAUGCAGAUUAUGAGGCCCAGCAGAGGAUAGCCUUGCUGGAGGAGGAGGUUUCUAACUUGAAGGAGGAGUUGCAUCAUCAGGGGGUGAGAGAGGAGAGGAGCUCGGUGGCUGCGGUGAGAGCUGAGCGGGAGUCCCACACCCUCUCAGUCCGCACUGUGGCCCUUCAGGAGCAGCUGGUUGCCACGGAGGAAAAGGUUGCAGCAGAGAAGAUGAGGAAAGAUGCCUUGCACUCAGAACUAGAGAGGAUAACUGAGAAGCUCUUAGCUACCGAGAAGCAGCUGUGGGGAGUCCAAGAGGAGCAGCAGAAGACUGCCGGGAAACUGUUAGAGAUCACUGAAAAGAACAAGGUGUAUGAGAAAGAAAAUCAACAGCUGAAAAAUGAAAAUGAUCGUCUGAUGACUCUCAACAUGAACUUUGAACAGAAAGGGUUCGCAUCAGAGAAUGAGGCAUUGAAGGCUCAGAUUGGUCACCUGGAGGCAGCCCUGCAGAGUGAUCUUAGUGAGCGUGGAUCCUUCCUAGAGCACAUGACCCGAGACAAGGAGAAUUUGGCCCGCGCCGAGGAUGACGUGAAGCAGCUGAAGGAAAGACUGAGCUCACUUCAGGAGGAGCUUCAGAAAGCCAAUACAAAGCUCACUGUAUUUGACAAGGCUGGUCUCCUGAGCCUACCAGAAAAGGAUCUUACUCUCCUACAGCCAAGAGUGCCAGCUCCCAGUCCAAGGGAGUUUGAGAGGCUGCGUGAGGCCCACAGUGAGCUGCAGCUGCUGUACCGUGAAAAGAACAGAGAGUUGGAGCAGCUGUCUACCACCCUCACCUCACACUCCUCCACUUACCGGGCACUCCAGGCACAGGUAGAAAAAGUAACUCAGGAGAGUGUGGAGAAGGAGGAGCAUCUUAAUAUGACAGUCAGGAGCCUUCAGGACACCAUAAGAAGAAAAGAUGAGCGUUGCGACAAAUUGGAAACCCAAAUCCUGACCCUUACUAACCGAGGAAUGAAGGAGACGCUGGAGGAGCUGGGUUCGUGCCUGACACAGACAGUGGGCCUUGGAAAGCAUGAUAACGUGCUGGAGUUUCACAUUGAUCGAGUGGUGUUUGAUCCUCCCGAGUUCAGCCGCCUCAAGACCUUUGUGUCAUGGACUGUUCCCUUCUCCCUUGAGGAUCCAUUGCAGCACACCAAUGUUGCUCGAGGCUCAGAGGCAAACUACAACUACUCUGCACUCUACAAGUUUCAAGUGAACAGCAGGAACCUUGCAUCACUAAGGGAAGACACCGUCACAGUUUCUGUGUACAUCCUCCUCGACUCUGGCCACCCAGCCAAGGUAGGGGAAUGUACCUUGACCUUCCAUGAGGUGUUGGACCACCCACGCAAUACCCUGCAUGGCACAGUGCCGGUGGUGUUGGCACAUGAUGAUGCAGAGGAGGCGCAGCACUUGGCCUUCAUGGCGCACAUAACCCCAGGACAAGUGAUUGGAAACAUGAGCUACUGGUUCCGCCUGCAGCGACCAAGUGAGGAUGCAAUAGCCCAACACUUGCGGAACUCGAGGUUGCAACUGGUAGCCCAGAGGGAGAAGUCUGUCCAUAAGCAAGAAGCUGUGGCAACAAAACCUGACAGAAACCCAAUAGUGAUGACCAGUGUAGACAACGAUCCAGACCAGAGAGUGAAGUGUGAGCAAAUAUCCCAAAAAGAAGGAGACAUUCACAAGGAAAAACACCCUGUGCCAGCGCCAAGGUCACAGAAACAGACUCUACCCUCACCCAAACCAAAAAGUCCCUCCAAAGGAAAGACUGAAAGGAUUGGUGCGGUUGAAGAACCUCACCAAGAAACCCCAGAACACAGAGAACCUAGUCCAGCUAACAUUACCCCCGAAGCUGAGAGUGACAGUCAGCCCCAGCAACGCCUUAUUCCUGAUUCCAGAACACCGGAGAAACCUCUCUCCAGGUCGGGCUCCGUCAGUUCCACUGGAACUUACAGUGUUGAAAAUCCCAUGAAAUCCUUAGCCUCAAGUAAGUCUAGCAAGCAUUCCACUCCGAGAGGUUUCAAAAGUGAAAAACCCAAGAGAAGCAAUUCAGAAGGCUCUUCAACAGAAAGCUCCACUGGAACUUACAAUAUUGAAAGUCCCAAAAUAUCAAAAAAUGUACUGGGCACUUCUAAAGCAGAUGCUCCAAAGUGUCUCAAAAGCUCAAAAUCAAAGUGUGUGAAUUCUGAAACGUCCUCAGAGUCUUCAGAAAAGAGACUGAAUCAGAAAUCAUCACCAUCAACAUCAAGCAAGAAAUCAGAGUCUGCUGCCCAAGCCAGGGAAAGAAUGACCUCUGAGAACCCUGAGGAAGGACCAAGCACUUCACACUCACGCAUGGGAGACCCACCACUACCACAUCGCAGGAACUCUGGCAACUCCUCAAGGACACAGCGAGAGUCGUCUGAAGGCAGCUCAGAUUCUUCACUUGAGGAGAAUGAAGGUUCUGACAAGACUCACACACACAGUCCUCAAAAUCCUCCUGCCCAUAGAGCAGAGAAGAAGAUUGUGCAGAAACGUGUUGUUGGAGCAGCUGAGCAAAGAGGAACAGUAAAAAAUAAAAGGAGUGGUAGAAAUGCAGCAAGUGUGAAGAAGCAGCAUCAGGCAGCCAACAGCCAGGAGACUUACAGCAACAACAGCAGCAAGCAAGAAGAAUCAAAUGACCGGCAAAUGUCUUCCUCAGAAGCGAGUCACAGCAGUGAUUCAGAGGGCGUGGUGGCAGUGGUUUCCAAGGCAAGAAAGAACAACAAAGCCAGAAUAUAUAUUGAAGUGUCAAGCCUAAAGUUGCAGCCAGACUGUGGAAUUCUUCAGGACCCACAGGUGGAGCUGAUAUUUGUUGACUACCAUGGGUUCCUGGGUCUCCCUCCUGACCAGCUGGAAACACCUCUCUCCCUGCCAAAGAAUGCACCAGACAACACACUGACAUUUAACUUCAGGCAAGAGUUCAACGUGGAUAAGAGGCAGCACCCAGCCCAAGCCCAAGCCCUGAGGGAGCUGAUGGGCAGCCGCGGCAUCCUCAAGUUCACCAUCACCUCAGAGCCGCCAGAGGAGCUGCAGGACACAUUGGACUGCCAGGACUUAGGCAAGGCCCUCUUCUAUCAAGAGUAACUAAGGCACAUUACAAUUGCUUCACUAAAGAGUCUCAAGAAUCAGGGGUCAUAUGGAUUCUUCUGCACUCUGCCCUGGCCUGAGUACUGAGUCACUAUAUAUCUUCUCAAAUCUAGAAAUAGAGCAAUAUAACUUUCCACAUUGUGCUGACUUUUGAUCUGGCUUCUGUGAAUUUCAAACUGGCUAUUUUUGAUUGUCAUUGGCUAUUAAAUUAAUGCCUUUAAGUUCUACAUCUAAUUUUUCUAAAGACAUCAACUCCUGUCAGCUCUCCAUAAGGUAGCGACAGUAUGUAUUAGAUAGCUGUAAACUUGUGUUCAGUACUGUCCAGUCCAGUACUGCGCAUAAACCAUUAGCUGAUGCAUAGACCAAAGAUAGCUUUUUAUGUUUCCACCUAAUUUUGCUAAUAAUGUAAACACAGUCAAGCAUACUUGUAAGGAUAGCGUCCCUGCGAAUGAGGGAAGAGAAACACGCAUGAUGGUAGCAUGAAGGGAAAAGGGUAAUGAUGUUUAUGACCUCUGACCUCAGUGGGACCUAAGCACAAGUGUUUUGUUCAUGCACAAGAGUGCCAGCCUGAUUAAUUAAUUUCAACCUGCAGUUUACCAAUAUUUUUGUAUUAUCAUUGUUGGAAACCCUAGUAGCAUGCACCACAAUUGGUUUGAAAUAUAUAUUGAUAUUCUUUGUAUUGUGUUUUAACAAUAAGUUUGAGUAAUAAAUGUGGUUGUGUGGGAGGCAGCUGGAAUGUUGCCCUCUGGCAUCUUGAAGGAGGAGUGGGUUGUUUGAGAACAAGUGCCAGCAAACUGUUGGCGCCCAUAGCCGGGGGAAAGCACAGACAAAAUUUGACCACGGCAAAGAUGACAUUUGUCAUCUCUGCAGGAAGGACAGACCCAGUAUAUGGGUUUCUGAUAGCCAAGGGUCAAUCAUGUGUGCCUUUGGUCAAACUGAUGGUUGGUUGAGAAGCCUGCUGCUGUUGAGCUUGGAGAAAAAGAAUUUGUAUGUUACGAUUCCAUUAUUUGUUUUAUAAUUGUUGAAUUGCAUGUUAUUUAUUCGUCUCGUUAAUGUAGCGUAAUGAUGCAAGGGUGCACUGUAAUGUAAGUUUUAUAUGUGACAAAACUGAAAUUCCAGAAACAACCACACCUGAUUAAUGGAUACUGGAAGAGUCGAGAAACGAUUAAAGGUUGUAUUCAGUGAGUCGGGGAGUUUCAACAACCUCAAGGAUACCAGGAGAGCAGUAAAGCAGUAAAUAAACAAAUAAAAUAUGACUAGUAUAUUAGCAGAUAGCAAGACGGCCCCGCGUUCAGGAGGACACGAGUUCAAUCCCCGACUGGUGCCACCAAGCUGGGAUUUUUUCAGCCGCCGCUGAGUGGCUUAAAACUACCCACAUGCAGUCCAGAAGACCACCUAUCAAUCCGGACUCUAGAUUCUAGGAUUAAAGAUGAGCUCUGGGAGGGUAGCAUGAGCCAAUGCAAGAUGGCGCCACUAUAAACACUCGCCUGCGCCAGAACGGGCUGGGCCGACCAUCAGGACCCACCGGGAAGAAGCUUUGGACCGAUCAUCAGGAUCCACCUGGAAGAAGCCUACCAGCGCAAUAGGCCAAGAUGUAAAAAAAAUAUAUAUAUAUAAAUAAAUAAAUAGUCAAACCUCAA